CCAUUUGGUGGGAGGGGAAAGGUGGGGUUCUCCAGAGCUACGAGAGAGAUGCACCGGCGAUGGGGCCCGCGCCGGCGUUCUGCCCGGCUGCAAGCCCUUGGAGGCGGACGGGAUCUAAUCAGCUCGCUCCCCGACGACCUGCUCAUCCUCGUCCUCGACCGCCUCCACUGCGCCGCCGCCGUCGCGCGCACAGGCGUCCUCUCCCGCCGGUGGCGCAGCCUCUGGGCCCGCCAGGCCGCCACCGCCAGAUCGUCUUCCGCGACGUCCCGUACCGCUCGCUCGAAGCGGCGCUCGGCCGCCUCCCUCGUCCCCCGCCCGCUGUUCGCCUCCUCGACGUCCGCAUCCCCCAGCGCGGCCCUGAGGACCAGCGCGCCGACGAGGCCAGCGUCAAGUCGCUGCUCUGCGCAGCGGCGCUGCUCGAGCCGGAGAAGUUCGUCUUUGAGAUCCCCUCCGAUUCGGGGUUAAUCCACGGCUCCCUCGUCGUCAACCUGCCUAGCUUCCAACGCGCCACCUCCAUCGUUCUGAACCUUCGCUACGUCUUCCUCCGCGUGCCAGCCGGCGCCGAGUUUGCCGCACUCGAGACGCUGUCCCUCUCGUACGGCACCGUUGCCAUUGACCGCUUGCUCUCCUGCUGCCCACGCCUGCGCAAGCUCUGCCUCGCCUGGGUUUCUUUCAAUAAGGGCGACCUGACGGUCAAAUCGGCGUCGCUGCAGGAGCUUCUCCUGGAGGGCCAUGCCGAGCAGAUAGAAACUAUCGACAUCGAAACCCCCGCGCUUAAGCAAUUAAUCAUAUCCUUUUCCGCUCCGGAUGACAUUUCCGUCUUGACACCGAUGCUGGAGAUGCUUUGGUGGCACUGCUACUUCAGGGUGCAUGUUAUGUUUGAUCUUUGGCGACUCCAGCAGGUGACACUAAUGACGGCAGAGGGACAAGGACAGCUCCGUUCGCUGCACAUUGACGCUUGCGCCAGACUGUCUUUUUUUCACGGUAAAAUGGACGCCUUUACAGAGGAGAUAGAGAAGCAUAUGAUUGUCAAGUUUUCUGUUUUGGAGCUACGUCUCGCAACAAACGGACAUGGUUUUGGAGCACUCGUCUUCCAUCUCCUAGGGAUGAAUCGAAUUCGUCGUGCUACGCGGAGGCUCAAGAUCUCCCUGGAGAACAUUGGUGAAUGAAGAAUGCCCAUUUGAUUGUCCUUGUGAACCCGAGGGCUGGAGAUCAAACACCAUAUCCUUGACUGCUCUCGACGAAGUGGAGAUCAAUGGCUUCGGAGGAGAUGAUCAUGAAGUUGAUUUCUUGAAAUUGAUGUUCAAAUGUGCGCCCAUGCUCAAAAAACUGACCGUGAAGCUCUCACACGAGGCCUCAUCAUGUGAUGGAUGCACAAAAUUAUACAACAUCACCAAGGCUUGUUCUUCUGUGGAACUCUAUGUUUAUCUUAGCUCCGGAUUAAUGCUCGGCUGGCAAAAUUGCUACUCGGGAUGAUUUCCAUGGUCACGUUUGGAUCCAUGGUGCGCAUCGAGAAGAUCAUCCUUUGCAACGAUGACCAACUCUGUUACCUGGCCUUAGGAUUUCGCUUUGUUGCUUCAACCGAUUAUCUUAGGUGUUGUUAUGUCAGUUUACUGAAGCUUUAUGUAUGACUGUAAGUGGUGCACCCUUAGUUAAUUCCUGAAUGGUCCUGUGGCAUUCAGUUAUCGAAGUUAAUGUACUCAACCUAGU